AUGAGAGAGGGUCUUUCUUGCUUGGUCUUUUCCAGCACUAAAAAUGAGUCAAAUCCCUGUAUUCUUGCAGUUCUAGCCUCCCUACUCCACAGACUUGUAGCCAGGAACGAAAGGCUACUGCUUUCUUCCGGAAAAAGCUUCACUAGAGAGAAUUUAUGCGCUUUUUCCGCAGUGGAAAUUCCAGCAAUGGAGAUAGGAAAGUUCCUUGAAAGGAUCUUCAAGUAUUCUCGUUGCAGUCCUUCUGCAUUUGUUGUUGCAUAUGUCUAUAUAGAUCGGCUAAUUCUAAACAAUCCCACCUUUCGUAUUACAUCUCUUAACAUUCACAGGCUCAUCACCACGAGUGUCAUGGUCGCUACCAAAUUUCUGGAUGACUUGCAUUGCAACAACAGCUAUUUUGCAAAAGUGGGCGGCUUGACACUCAAGGAAAUGAAUAUUCUAGAAGUUGAAUUUCUCUUCAUGUUGCGUUUCAGAUUGCAUGUUACAGUGAGCGUGUUUGAGAGUUAUUGCUCACAUUUCGAAAGAGAGGUGGCGUUGGGCGGAGGUAUUCAGAUUGAGAGAACUAUUCUCUGCGUUUCUUGAAAAAAAUUGGACAAAAUAUGGAGACAAGACAAUUGGAAGAAGGCUGAAGAGAUUAGUAAUGAGUUACAAUAUAAAUUUAAUUUAAUACUUAUUUUUUUUUCAAAAAGUGGU